AUGACUAAUAUUAUCGAAAUCAUACUUCCAUCUGAAUUGAUCGAAAUCGGAGAAUUUUCAUUUUCUUCAACAUCACUAUCAACAAUCGAAUUUCCACGAAAUUUGAUAUCGAUUGAUCCUGGUGCAUUUUCUAACUGUACUCUUUUGCGUGAUGUCAAAAUAUAUGAAACUCAUCUCAAAAUCAUUUCUAAGCAAUUAUUUAUGAAUACUAUCAGUUUGAAAAAUAUUUGUAUUCCAGAAACAGUCGAAAUCAUCGAGAAAGAAAGUUUCAAAUUUUCAUCAAUCGAAAACAUCGUAUUCCCAAGAAAUCUUCAGUCAAUCGAAGAUUCAGCAUUCUUUAAUUGCACGAAACUAACAUCGAUAUCUUUCAAUCGAACUAACAUCACAUUCAUUGGCGAUUUUUCAUUCAAGAACUGCAUCAAUUUAUACAAAGUCAACUUUUCUAAUCACUUACGCUUUUUAGGUCAAGAAUCAUUUUGUAACACUAACAUUCGUAAUCUCGAAUUCAUUGGUUUGAGGAAUGUUAGUUCAGGUACAUUCAUGAACAACGAACAUUUAUCAUUUUGUGAUUUUUCACAAACAUCAGUUGAAGUUUUUUCAACGAAUCUAUUCAAAAACUGUCCAAAUUUAUCUUCUAUUUAUUACCCACAUAACUUGACAUACAUCGAAAAAUCGUGUUUUGAACGAACAGGUUUCCGAUAUACUAUUUUGCCUAGUACAGUUAUGCGUGUUAAAUCUAUGGCAUUCUCAUUUUGUCCAAACUUGAUUUAUGUUGAACUGAAAAACACUAAAAUGAAAACGAUCCCUAAGAUGAUGUUCUUCAAAUGUCCUCUCUUCGAUCGAAUCAACUUCCCACAGAACUUGACAUCGAUCAAAGAAUUUUCAUUUUCAUUCACAAACAUGCAUAAUUUAACAUUCCCAGACAGUCUUCAGAUCAUCAGGAACGGACUCAUUGACGUUCACAACUUAUCUAUUGUUAAUCUUUCUAACACACAAAUAUUCUGUUUCGAAUCGAGAAUGUUCAUGAAUUGUUUUUGUCUAGAUACAAUCUAUUUACCACCAUAUCUUGAAGAGAUUCAAGAAUAUGUCUUUGAUGGAACACGAAUUAAGAGAUUAGUUGUUCCAUUUGGCUGCAAACUGCUCCCAUUCGUUUUCUCAAACUCAUCAUUAGAAACUAUUGAUUUGUCUCAUUCUAAUCUGACCGAGAUUCUUCCAAACGUUUUUUCAGACACAUUACAUCUGAAGAAUGUCAUUUUUCCAGAAUCAUUAGUUGUUUGUUGUGAGAACGCGUUCAACACAUCUAACAUUCCAGAACUCGUUUUCAAUGGUUUACAGACAUUAGAAAGCAAUUCACUCUUUUGUCCUCUUCUCGAGAAGAUCGAUUUUUCUAAAACAAAUUUGAAAAUUUUGCCUAGUUUCAUCUUCUCAAAGUGUCCAGUUCUGAAAGAAAUCAUUUUAUCAGAGACAUUGCAGUCUAUCGGUUCUAAUUCAUUCCAUGGGACACAGUUGAAAGAGAUUAUAUGUCCACGAAGUCUUGUUGAUAUUGAAGAAGAAGGAUUCAUGAAUGCUAUUUAUUUAGAGACUCUCGAUUUGUCACUAUGUCAUAUAUCUACAUUACAACCACGUGCAUUCUACAAUUGCAUGAAACUUACAGAGAUCAAGUGGCCUCAUCAUCUCGAAACUAUCCAAAAAAGCUGUUUUGCGAAUUCAGGUCUCAAGAACGUCACAUUCCCUCACACAGUUACAUCAAUCGGUGAAAGCACAUUUUAUCAAUGUUUGUUUUUGGAGAAAGUCGAUUUUGGAUUUUGUCAAAUCACAUUCAUCCCAAAGAACUGUUUCUUCAAUUGCAAAUCUCUGAAGACAGUCAUAUUCUCACAUCUCAAGUACAAACUGACAAAUCAUGCAUUUUCUACGACAUCAAUCAGAGCGUUGACUAUGCCAGAACUUGAAUUCGACUCAGGUCUUUUCAUCCAACGAUGCAGGACUAUCGAAAUUCUUGAUUUGUCUAAAACGAAGAUCAUUUGUUUUGGCAAACAUUUCUUCAGUGAUUGUGUCAAACUCCGUGUUUUGAUAUUGCCUCCGACCGCAGAGUAUUUCUCUGUGAGCGCUUUCUCGAACUGCGUUUCUUUGGAGAAAAUAUUUUACUGUGGAAGAAUCACUUUCUCUGAUGACAUAGAGAUUCCUUCGAACUCUGAAAUAGAGUUUUAUGUAUCAGACAUUUAUCCUAAUUCACAGAUAUUUGGAAUAUCUGUCAUACGGACAACGAAAUGUUCUGAAUUCAAUGUUUCCAAUAUAGAAUAA